AAAAUGAAUCGAAACAAUCACAAUAUGGAUAAAAAAUUGUCUCAACUGCCAAGUUGGUUGUGGACAACCUCAAAUUCUUUACCAGGGGUAUACAGACAAAUUUGGGAAGGAGUGAAAGAAAAUAGAUCUGCUAUCUACGCAUCGUCUAGUACGGUGAGUGAGGUACUAGUUGAUACCAAUAAGGUUUUUCCACUUCUACUGACUAGUCAAUUACCAACUGAAGUCCUUGGAUAUAUUUGGAGUCUCGCCAAUCACAAGUUUGCUGGCCAAUUGACUGAACAAGAAUUAUACGUCGUUUUAGCUCUGGUAGCUAUCGCGCAAGCUUCCUAUACCUUCAACAGUUUGGAUAUUUUACAUUUAAUGCCAUCACCACCAAUACCAAGUUUAAAUUUAUCACUAAUCGAAGGAAAACAAAUUAUCCAACCAGUAAAAUUUGAACCCAAGACUCAAUUGGCAAAUUCAUCUUUUGAUGCAAAUGAUGAGUUCUCAGAUUUUCAAAGUGCUGCUCCUGUUAAUGCUAUUCCCAGCCUUCCCAUGUUGGAUACAAAACAGGGAUCAGCUAUAGGAAGCCGACUUGCAAAUCAUAAUCUUGGAGUGAAAAAAUCCAGCGACAAACCGAAGAAAACCAAUGCCUGCAAACAUGCCUCGGGUAGUCAGUUUCGAAAUUCUAAUAGCAACUCGAGUUCGACCACUCAUAACAAAGACCAAAUAGCUAUUGAACAAAUAACGAUGGAACUUUUUCCUAAAUGUUCUCUGAAAACACAAUCCAAGGUGGUCAUACUUAAAGAUACUGCGAUUCGCAGUAGUGAGGUCCUGAAAGAUAAUAAUGUUAACAGCAGGGAUCCUAUACAUUUUAUGGAUAAUAUUCCUGCUGUAGAUAAUACAGUUCUAAAGUUACAAGAGUCACGAGAUAAAAUACUCCCAAAAAAGGAACCAGAAGCCAGUCGAUUAGACCUGAUGAGCACUCAGCCAGUUGAGGACAAAUACAGUGCACUACGAGUAUUGAUUGAACAACCACAGACACCAAAAUUAGAAACAGACCUUGCUAUCGAAACUGCAAUGGAUGAUUUUGGCGACUUCGUGUCUGCUCAACAGCCUGAACCACCUUCUCAAACUCUGCCUGCUCAAGAAUCAGUAGAUUUUUUCUCAUCCUUUGACUUUAAGGACUCAAACAAUGACUGUGCAACUGAGAACACAUUGGAUCAGCAGAUAUCUGAUUCGUUCAGCAAUCUCAGGGUGGAAAGUGUCACUGACCCAAGUUUUUCGAUUGAAAAAUCUGAUAUUAAUAAUGAUCCAGAUACAGUUAUUCAGAAGGAAGAUAACAUUUCAGUGAAUAGUAUAGAACUGGGUAGUGGAUCGCUCAACUGUAUACCGAGAUCUGGUUCCGUUCCAAGUCUAGAUCUGAAGUGUUUUUUGACAAAUAGUCAGGAUGAAGAUCACCAAAUAGAAAACAUGCACCAGCUGAUUUAUUGGGAAUGGAAACAGUACAUGGAAAGUUGUGUACUGCUGUUGCAAGUUGCAGCUAAUAUAUUUACCAGUAUAGCCUCGGAAGAAGUUUUACAGGAAGUUCUAUCCACAGCGCAAGGAUAUAAUUUUUUAUGCAAUUUAGCUGAAGUAGCAGCAGUUUGCAGACGAGUCAAUUUUUCCCACAAAGAGUUAGAUAUUAAUAUCAUGGGAUUUGAUGAUCUCCUAAUGGAUAUUGACAGAACUUGGGCAGAGAUGGAACCUUUUUAUUCUAAUAUUCCGGUAAUUCAUUUAGCUAGCAAUGCGCUCACAAUUUAUCAUGAUGUUACAUUUUGUAAUUACUUUCAGAUCGUGACAGAAUUGCCAGUUUGGCCUUUACACCAAGGUGAGAAUAUUACCUGUUCGCUAUGUUUGACAGUAGUGACGAGUGGUAGGAUUGUUUGUAAUGAGAAUAGUUAUCACGUGACUUGUGCAAACUUAUGGUUAAAUUGUGUGAACAAUCACCUGCCAGUUUUAUCCUACCCACCGCCUUUACUAUCGACUACAUCACUCAGUAAUAGUCAUGUCUGAUUAUUAACAUGUACAAAUAUUUUAUUGUUUAUUUACUCUUCUCAGUAUUUAUCACGUACAAUAGGGUUGUGCAGAUCACUAUCGUUGGCUCGUAUCACGUGGCCUGUACACGAUUCCUCGACUCUUCAUUUCUCUAAUAACGUUGCUAGGCAAUCGUCCGGACACAGAAAUUGCGUAUACGCCUUUGCAAAAACGAUCUGAAAUAGAAAAUUUGAAUCUCUUAUUAUUAAUGCGUCUUUGCUUCAGCAAUGGUAAAUUAUUAAUUAUUACCAAGUGAACUUGAAGUUAUUUUAGUAACUCGAUAACAUUAACAAUGAUAGUAUUUCAUUAAUAAUACCAUUUAAUGUUCAUAGAAUCAAUUACAUAAUCACAGUUUGUAUUCACUAUAGAAUUUAAGGAUUGUUGAUUAAGAAUUAAGAGUCUCUUUAAAAUAUGAAUGAAAAGAAAUCACGUAAUACCUGAAACACUCAUAGGACCACUCAUGAUUGAUAUAAUAUCAUUCCAUGUAGUCUAACAAUUAUUAAUUAUAUUGCUUAGUUAAACAUAUGAAUAUAUUCUCUAAUAGAAUGAUGACUUUCACAUUACGUAUACUAGUUUUGAUGACUACUAGUAAAGAUUAUCUGGUAAAUCCUGUUUCAAAUAGAGAAUUUAGUAACAAGGAAUAAAUUAUUGUUUCCAAAAAUGAA